AUGGCAGUUGGAUUGACAUCUCAGCUGUUCCAAAGAGUAACUGCUACUGACAUAUUUUGCCAAAGGAACAAAUUUAGGAGUCCUGAGAUGAGGAGUUGUCUUCCCUUGCCAUCCACCUCGUUUCCUUCAGUUGCUGAUAGGCGAUACUGUUGGGAUCACAAUGUGUUAGAGAGUAGCUACAGGCCCAUGCUUUAUGCACCUCGCAGAUAUAGAUCUUUGGGCUUUAGAUCUUGUGCCUUGCUAGUUCCUUUGAAGGAAAUUCCUCUUGUCAAGAACGCAUCAUUAGCACUAACUAGGUCAUGUGAUACUUUACUUGCAAAUCCUGCUACCUCACUUGUGGUCCCUGCAAUCGGGAUUAUUGUGUUUGCUCUGUGGGGUUUUUUGCCUCUAGUGCGGGAUAUUAGAAACCGUUUUGAUCAUGGAGGCAACUGGAAGAAGAGCCCUACAUAUUUGAUUUCUUCGUCGUACCUUCAACCUCUACUUCUCUGGACAGGAGCAACACUAAUCUGCAGGGGUUUGGAUCCAGUUGUCUUGCCUUCAGCAGCAAGCCAAGCUGUGAAAACACGCCUGAUAACUUUUGUGAGAUCAUUAUCAACUGUCCUGGCUGUUUCAUAUAUUCUCACAAGCUUGAUUCAGCAGGUACAGAAGUUUCUUAUGGACAUGCGCAAUCCCAAUGAUGCAAGAAACAUGGGAUUUGAUUUUACCAUGAAAGCUCUUUAUACUGGUGUUUGGAUUGCUGCUUUUUCUCUCUUUAUGGAGUUGCUGGGUUUCAAUACCCAAAAGUGGAUAACUGCUGGAGGGUUUGGGACAGUGUUGCUUACACUUGCUGGUCGUGAGAUUUUCACUAACUUCCUCUCGAGUAUCAUGAUCAAUGCUACACGCCCAUUUGUAGUCAAUGAAUGGAUCGAUGCAAAGAUAGAUGGUGUUGAUGUCUCUGGCAUUGUUGAGCAUGUUGGUUUGUGGUCUCCAACAAUCAUUAGAGGUGUUGAUCGAGAAGCAAUAUACAUUCCUAACCAUAAGUUUACAGUUUCUAUAUUAAGGAAUAACACUCAGAGGACCCAUUGGCGUAUUAAGACCUAUCUUGCUAUUAGCCACAUGGAUGCCGGAAAAAUUGGGACUAUAGUUGCUGACAUGAGGAAAGUGUUGGCAAAAAAUCUGCAUAUAGAACAACAAAAGCUGCACAGGAGAGUAUUCUUUGAGAAAAUUGAUCCAAAAAAUCAAGCACUUAUGAUUUUAGUAUCCUGCUUUGUGAAGACAUCACAUUUUGAGGAGUAUCUCAAUGUCCAGGAAGCUGUUAUGUUGGAUCUUCUUAGAAUAGUUGGGCAUCACAAAGCAAGGCUUGCUACCCAAAUUCGAACAGUUCAGAAAUCAUAUGGCAAUGCAGACUUUGAUAACAUUCCUUUUGGAGAGGACAUGUAUAGUCGCGUCCGUGGCCGUCCACUUCUGAUUGAUACAUCUGCAAGGAUCAGUGAUGACAAACCCAAGCCUCGACCUGUAUCAUCACGUGAGGAGCAGAAAGUCAAGACAAAUGGCUCGGUAGAGACCAAGUCCGCUUCACCUGAAAAUGCUAGUUUAAGCAACUCUGAAAAGCAGGAACAGAAAAAAGUGGUACCUGAAGAUGCUCGGGUGAAGAACAUUAAGAGUGAUAAUGUGAUGCCAGUAACACCGUCUUUAGAUCCUGCUACGUCAACUUCUAAGGCUGGUAAAGGGAAGACGCGUGAACCAGAGCCCACUGAGCGGCAAGGCGAUGGGUCAGUCUCUGUGGCUAAUCCAAAGAAAGAAUCUAGACCAGUUUUUGAAGAUAACAUUGUUCUGGGCGUGGCCCUUGAGGGCUCCAAGAGGACACUGCCUAUUGAAGAAGGAAAUCCUUAUCUAUCACUAUCUGAGACUGAACUGGACACGGAAGAGGCGGCUUCAUCACCAAAGGAUAAGAUAGGUCAAAGCCCAAAACUUUGA